AUGGAGGAACUAUAUAAGGACACGCAAAACCUGCCUAUGGAUGUUACCACCUCGCCCUCGGCUAUGGCAAACAACAAGCUAGAGAAUGGAGUUGCCCAGCUGAUAACGGCAGAAGCCUGGAAUAUCAAUUCAGCAGACUUGAUGAAGAAAGCACUUUCGCCGCUGGUAACUGUCCCCGCUCCAUCAAUAUUGACACCUCCAGCAGAAUCCCAAAGUGGGGUCGCUCUCAAGGUAGCUGCCACAGUGCUUCAGCCCAUUUGCUUAGGAGACAGCCCCGUGGUUCUCCCAAUACACCUCCAAGUAGCUGGAAGCACAGCCCCUCAGAUUGCUCCAAACGGCAACACUCCCUAUGUCAUGACCACUCAAGGCCCAGUGCCACUGCCUGUCCUCUUAGAGCAACAUGUGUUCCAGCAUUUAAACUCCCCACUGGUGUUACCGCAGAGUUCUCCCUGUGCAGCCAACUCCAUUCACAGCAACCUCUUUCAGGGCUCUUCUGCUGCGUUGGGACAGCCGCAACUGUUGGAUCAGAAACCAUCAAAUACAGCUCAGGAGUCCGUCUUGCCUCCUGUGUUUCAGACACCAGGAUUUGCUGCCGUUUUGCAGGAUCUCUUUCCCACACAAGGCGCCUUAGGUCCUUCGCCCUAUCAACCACCCCCAGACUGCUCUUCUGUCCCCCCGCCACAGCCCUUCAGCUCCCCGUUAUCUCCCCUGGUUCCGCCAGCCACACUCUUGGUACCAUACCCCGUGAUCGUUCCUCUGCCAGUCCCAGUUCCUAUUCCCAUCCCCAUUCCCAUCCCCGUGCCCCACGGUGCUGAGUCUAAGGCCAACAUGGACUGCCCGAAACCAGCUGCUUCGUUCAUCUUGCAUUCCUGCAAAGGCACCCAGACUCCCUUAGAGAAAGAAGAAACCAAACCAUUCGAUUUCAUCCACCACAGAGAGCUUUCCCAGCUGAACCGGCACACUGUCAUCAAGAUGAGUAAUGAGAAUGAGGUCCUCGAUCUGUCCAUGAAAACAGCCCCUUUGCUUAAGGAAGGCGAGGACAAUUCCCAGCUCUCACUGGAGGGCGGCGCUUUGGACCUCUCGAUUACUUCCUGUCGGAAGGCUAGCAGCACCGAAGCAAGCAAUAACGGCACCCGAUCUGGAUCCACGAUGGACGGCGCUUCUCAUUCUGCAGCGGAUAAGCUUUCCGGUGCAGUUUUGCCCUUUGCUCCUUCCAAACUGCACGAGGCUCCGGCAAAGGUGGAAAGCAGAGUGAUCAGUAGCGGCUCGUCUGAACUCCUGAGACAGCAGCCCAAAUGGCUGGUGGACCAGACCAGUAUAGCACCCUGUGAGCCGCCCACUGGCAAUAACAUUGAGAUUGUGAGCACGUCACAGACGGCCAAAGUGAUCGUCUCUGUCAAAGAUGCGGUGCCUACCAUUUUCUGCGGCAAGAUAAAGGGCCUCUCGGGGGUUUCGACGAAAAACUUUUCCUUCAAAAGGGACAUGCCCCAGGACUCGGUGUUGCAGUGUUAUGACGUGAAGAACCAGCCUGAAGCCCGGGAUAAUGCAGAGGCCCUUAGGAAACCUAUAAAAAACAGGAGUGUCAAGUUAAAGAAAAUGAGCUCGCAGGAAAUACACAUUCUCCCAAUCAAAAAGCAGCGGCUUGCGGCCUUUUUUCCAAGAAAGUAA